CCAAAGCAGGAAACAGGCUGUGGUUGUUCUCGGUGCAGAGACACACAGACCAUCAGACUGAGCUCAGACCAAAGCAGCAGCUUCCUCUGAGUGAGUCCAGCUACAGGAGAGAAAAGUGGAAACUCCAACACUGCUGCUUCAAGCUGCUGACGCUCCACACACUGAAGCUUCACUCACAGACUCAAUGGCUUCCAGAUCAGAGGAGGAUCUCUGCUGUCCGGUCUGCAAGGAGGUCUUCAGAGAUCCUGUUAUUCUGUCAUGUAGCCACAGCUUCUGUAAAGACUGUCUGAGGAGAUGGUGGAGAGAGAGGACGACACACGAGUGUCCACUUUGUAAAGAAAUAUCAGUGUAUGAUCCACCUUUAAACCUGGCUUUGAAGAACCUGUGUGAGUCUUUCUUACAGCAGAGAGAUCAGAGAGCUUCAGAGGAUCUCUGCAGUCUGCACUCUGAGAAACUCAAACUCUUCUGUCUGGACCAUCAGCAGCCAGUGUGUGUCGUCUGCAGAGACUCAGAAAAACACAGCGAGCACAGAUUCAGACCCAUCGAUGAAGCUGCACGACAACACAAGAAGGAGCUUCAGGAAACUCUGGAGCCCUUAAAGAAGAAGUUAAAGGUUUGUGAAGAAGUUCAAGUGAAGUUUGAUCAAACAGCAGAACACAUUAAGGUCCAGGCCCGACACACAGAGAGGCAGAUUAAGGAGCAGUUUAAGAAGCUUCACCAGUUUCUAGCAGAGGAAGAGGAGGCCAGGCUGGCUGCACUGAGGGAGGAAGAGGAGCAGAAGAGUGGGAUGAUGAAGGAGAAGAUGGAGGCUCUGAGCAGAGAGAUAGCAGCUCUUUCACACACAGUCAGAGCCACAGAGGAGGAGCUGAGAGCUGAAGACGUCUCAUUCCUGCACAGCUACAAGGCUGCAGUGGAAAGAGUCCAGCGCUGCCCCCUGCUGGAUGAUCCACAGCUGCCCUCAGGAGCUCUGAUAGACCAGGCCAAACACCUGGGCAACCUGACCUUCAACAUCUGGAACACCAUGAAGGACAUGGUCUCCUACACUCCUCUGAUCCUGGAUCCAAACACUGCUCAUCCAGAACUCAUCCUGUCUGAAGAUCUGACCAGUGUGAGACGAGGAGGAGGAGAGAGGAAGAAGCUUCCUGAUAAUCCAGAGAGGAUUGAUUGGUUAAACUUCUCUGUCCUGGGCUCUGAGGGCUUUAACUCAGGGACUCACAGCUGGGAUGUUGAUGUUGGAGACAGUAGAUGGUGGAGACUGGGUGUGUUAGCAGAGUCUGUGCAGAGGAAGGGAGUCAUAGGGUCUGGAUUAUGGAUAAUAUGGUUAUAUGAAGGUAAAUACUCAGCAUUCUCUCCAUCAGGUCAAACUGUUCUGUCAGUGCAGAAGAAGCUCCAGAGGAUCCGAGUGAAUCUGGACUGGAACAGAGGAAAGCUGUCGUUCUCUGAUCCUGAUACUAACACACACAUACACACCUUCACACACACUUUCACUGACAGCAUGUUUCCAUUCAUUGAGACUCUUGAUGGUGAAGUUAAGGUGCUGCCAUUGAAGGUGAGGGUGCAGCAGAUGAGCUGAGGAUGAUGAUGUUUCAGUGAAUUGAAGCUGUUAAACUGCAGCUGUCCUCCUGCUGCCUCGUUCUUCCAAAGCUCUUUGUUUCUCUUUUAGUUUCACUCUUUCUUUCUCUUCCUGCUCUCCACCUUUUCACAUGGAAAUCAUUUCACUGUUUCUCACUGAAUGACUCCCCAAACUAGAUCUGAGCUUCUACCAAGUUUACAAUCAUUCCAAGUGAUUCCUGUUUGUGUUUGAUGUGAAUGGAGAUGAUUUAGUUUGCUGGGAUCUGGACUGACAGCAGCAGUUUGUUGUUGUGCUUCUCAAACUAAAGUCAAACCAAUCAAAUAGAAUCUAAUAUGUUUGAUUGUGUUGGUGUGCAGAGAGAAAACCACAAACUAAAUGUGUCAUCAUCCAGAAAGUUGUGGAGCUGUAACUGCUGAUGUGGAUGGAUGUGAUUGGUUAUUGUAAUGUUGUUUCCUGGUUACAGUGUGGUCUGUGAUCUGUUGAUGAUGAUGAUGAUGAUGGUGUGACAGUGAAACAAUAAAGUUUGUGAAG